AUGGCCAGCGAGGUCGGGCCUAGGACGCACGCUCUCCCAAAUCCAGCUAUCAUGGCCAACGAGUUCCGGUCCAGCUCGCAAGCUUUCGCCAACGCUGCGGCGGCGUUAACAGCAGUGUCAGAGGCGCAAAGCAGCCUCGGUACAGAAAUCUCGCGUUUCCCUCAGGCGCCGGCAUUUCAGGCCCUCCAGAUCCAGCAGCAGCUUGCUUCGAUCCAGGCUGAGUUGCGAGCUAGCUACUACAACACAUCAGCUAUGCUCGCGAACCAACGCGUGACCCAAGCGGAUCAGCAACUACGUCCGUUGCGGAAUAUCACGACGAAUCAACCUAUACCUCGAUUUCCACGAGAUCUAGCGCGAGUGCAGGGGAUCACGAACAUCAAUACAUUUCGGCAGUUCAUGACGGAGCUUGGUCUCGAUGUGCCUGAAGAGUGGCCGAUUGCGUCGGCACGGCAGGAUUUCCGACAGGCGAUUGGGUGCUCUCCGAUAUGA